AUGCUGGCAGCGAAGAAGUAUAACGGAGUCGAGCUCGACCCGCAGAUCAACGGAACGACAGUGCUCCAAAACGGAACAGCAGCGAGGCAAGAGUGCAAUGGUGAUACUCCAACACUGAGGACGAACAUCACAAAUAACAUAAUUGAGCCUGUCAUCAUCAUCGGUGCCGGGAUAGGAGGAUUAUGUCUUGCUCAAGGCUUGCAAAAAGCCGGUCGAGAUUUCCUGGUGCUUGAGCGUGACGCCUCAUUACACGAUCGACCUCAAGGAUAUCGGCUAAAGAUCGAACGCAAUGGUGCUCAAGCACUAAAGUCGGCUUUGACAGAGACUUGCUUCCAGAAGUUUGAAGCGACAUGCGCAAUCACGACUUGCGGACAGACUGACUACAACCCGCUGAACGGCCAGAUCACCAAGAGUCGAGCAGGCAGUGGGCUAGCUGGGCAGCAGGGCCUGGCCGCAACAUAUACCGUCGAUCGAGGAGUAUUUCGUUCGAUACUCACGACUGGAAUUUCUGACAAGAUCACGUUUGACAAAGAGCUUCUCUCCUACGACGUGAUCAACGAAGGCCGCAGCAUACUUGCAACGUUCAAAGACGGAUCUCAAAUACGAGGAAGUUUCCUGGUAGGAGCGGAUGGCAUUCGAUCCUCAGUGCGCAGAAAAAUGUUGCCCAAAAUGAAAUAUGUCGACACUGGCGCCAUGUGUAUCUACGGAAAGACACCUAUCACGCCAUCACUCGAAGCAGAGGUCCCACCGAAGGCGUUGAGGUGGAUGACUACAUUCGUGGACAGCGCACCACUAAUACAGUCCGUGCUCAUCGGAGACUCGCCACUGACACUAAUAUCAGAGCCUAUAAGAUGGUCGUCGGGGAGCAGAGCCCUGGGGCAAAUGCCAAUGGACUACGUGUAUUGGGCUAUGGUUGGCCGCAGGGAGCUGUUUACGGAUAGCAAAAGCACAAAGGCAUAUUCAGCAUCCGAAGCAUCGAAACUCAGCCUGGAAGUGACCAAAGAGUGGCACGACUCCAUGAAUGCGCUCAUGAGGUUGCAAGACACCGAGCAAUGCUCAGCUGUCCCCGUCGUAUCCGCGAUACCAGAGAUCCCGACUUGGCAGCCAUCGGAGCGAGUGACUCUGCUCGGCGAUGCCAUUCACGCGAUGUCACCAUGCGGAGGUGUAGGUGCCAACACCGCGCUAGUAGACGCAGCUGAGCUGGUUAAGCUCUUCGGGGACCCGAAGAGGACGGGACCUAGUGGCAUCGAUCCUACAUCCGUCUCCAUUGGGAACUACGAAGCGUCAAUGCGAGAGAGAGCUCGUGCUAUGAUCAUGCGAAGUUUUGUCGGGUCCAAAAAACUGUUUGAUCAGCGUCCUUUCGAGGAGUGCCCCGCAGUGGAGUGGUCACCAAAGGCCAUCCUUUCAACGAUCAUGCAUACCCGCAAUGAAGAUACUAGCCUCUAUGAGCUUAUUGCCACACUAGCUUGCAACGUGGGUGAAGUCAACAGCCAUCUACGCAAGCACAAUUUACCGGGACUCUCGUAUGGUGAGAGUCAUCCCACAUUACCUGAGAAUGCCGACUUCGCUUCUUAUGGCGAGUCUCGAGCUGCUGCCAUCGAGGCCGCCGAGAAGAUUUUGUACACGUUGAGAGGCCCACGUGAGGUUCUUCUCGACAUCUCGUUCCAGCAUUGCGCAUCUGCUUCAUUACAAGUCAUUCAACAUUACGAAAUCGCACAUCACAUCCCACUGCAGGGCACUACUACAUACGCGAAAGUCGCCGAGAGUGUGGGGAAAGGCAUCGAAUCGUCGCUUGUUCAACGAGUAGUGCAGCAUGCUAUCACAUAUGGACUGUUCCAAGAGAACGCUGCCGGCGAGGUCGGUCACAACAACACAUCGGCCUUGCUGGUAAAGGACCCAGAUCUCGAGGCAUGGCUGUACCUUUGUACCAAUGUAGCAUAUCCUGCCGGAGCACAGAUUCCCAGGGCGUUGGAGCUGUACGGUGCUAGCUCAGAAGCGGACGAGACAGCAUAUUCAGUCUCGAUUGGCAGAAAGAUUUCUCAGUUUCAGCGUUUCCGGGAGCCGGACGGAAAGGCCUUGUACAGCAUGUUCGGGAAAGCCAUGAAAGGCAUCUCAGCUGGAGGAGCAUCCGGUAUUAGCCAUGUUGUUGAUGGAUAUCCUUGGCAUCAGUUCUCUACCACGACGGAUCAUCUCAUCGUCGACGUAGGAGGCGGCAUGGGACACGUUGCUAUUGAGCUCGCCAAAACCCACGACACUCUACGCUUCGAAGUUCAAGACCUGCCCGAGACAGUCGAAAGUGCCGAGAAACAAUGCCCACCAGAGUUCAGAGACAGGAUUGAUUUUCGAGCGCACAAUUUCCUCGAGCAGCAACCGGAUCAUAAGGCAGCCAGUAUCACCUACUUUGCAAGAUUCAUUCUGCACGACUGGAGUGAUAAGUAUGCUUCGCAGAUACUGGAAGCUUUAGCGAAGAGUAUGCGACCACAAGAUCGCUUGAUUGUCAAUGAAGUUGUGAUUCCGGAGCUGGGCACAUUACCCCGCGGCGUUGAGAGACGACUACAUGAUCGAGAUUUACUGAUGCUCAUGAACCUGAACGGUCGCGAGCGUACCCUAUCGGUAUGGAAGCAAUUGUUUGACUCAAUCACGCCGACACUGCAGCUAAGGAAGAUUUACCGGCCCACCGAUGGCGAACUUUCUUUAAUAGAGUUAUCUUUGAGUGAUGGACAAGGACAACUCAACGGUAGUCACUAG